AUGGCCAAGGCUUUCGAUUCCGUUACUCCCUACCCCGACCCCAAGGACGAUGUCCAGCUCGAGAAAUACAUCCAGGACAGGCGUGUCAUUGGCUAUGAUCCACUCGUUCAGCCGGCGCUUCUCCGCCACGAGAUUCCUGCCAGCAAGUACUCGCAGGCCACCAUUGCUUCUGCUCGCUUCAAUGCUGCCAGAAUUCUCUCUGGUGCCGACGACCGUCUUCUCGUCAUCGUCGGUCCUUGCUCCAUACACUCUACCGAGCAGGCCAUCGAGUACGCCAAGCUUCUGAAAGCGAAGCUGGAUUCUUGGCCCAAUCUCCUUAUUGUUAUGCGCGCAUACUUUGAAAAACCACGCACCACCGUCGGCUGGAAGGGUCUCAUCAAUGAUCCCAACCUCGAUGGUUCGUUCCAGAUCAACAAAGGACUGCGCCUAGCCCGACAGCUCCUAUGUGACCUGACCGACCUCGGUGUUCCCGUCGGCUCCGAGCUUCUCGACACUAUCUCGCCUCAGUACAUCGCCGACCUGAUCUCUUGGGGCGCCAUUGGCGCUCGUACCACCGAGUCUCAGCUUCACCGCGAGCUCGCCUCCGGUGUCUCCUUCCCCAUCGGUUUCAAGAAUGGUACGGACGGCAGCGUCUCGGUCGCCGUCGACGCCAUGCGCUCCUCCUCGAACCCCCACGCCUUCAUGGGUGUCACCGAGCAGGGUAUCGCUGCCAUUGUCAAGACCAGGGGUAACCAGAACGUUCACGUUAUCCUUCGUGGCGGUUCAAAAGGCCCUAACUUCGCUGCCGAGCAUGUCAAGGCCGCUGCCUCCGCCAUCGAGAAGGCCCGUCCCCAUCACCACACUUCAAUCAUGAUAGACUGUAGCCAUGGUAACUCGCAGAAGGAUCACAAUAACCAACCCAAGGUGACCGACAACAUCUGCGAGCAACUCGAGGCUGGCGAUCGUACCAUCACGGGUGUGAUGAUCGAGUCGCACAUCAACUCUGGCAGGCAAGACGUUCCCGCCGAGGGCCCUUCAGGUCUCAAGCACGGUGUCUCCAUCACCGACGCUUGCGUUGACUGGGAGACCACGGUCGGCAUGCUUGAUAGGUUGAACUUGGCGGUGCAGCAGCGCAGGGAAAAGGUCAUCCAGUCCGGCAUCAAUCGGUCACCGACUUACAAGCGUUCGACUUUGGCUAUGGCUACCGUCUCAUAA